CUAUUUUCACAAUGUUUUUCUCAUCCGACUAUAUUUGUUAGAUAGAAAGAAAUUAGAAGACACCUAGUCAUCAAAUGCACGGGCUAGCAACUAGAAGAACCACACAGCGUAAAGGCCAAUGUCAAUCAUUUGAGCUUGUAUGUGAGACUUUUCUUUUCUCCAAUGAGUUGUGUGUGAGAUUGUGCUCGCCAUGUUCCAGCUUGACUCGAACAAACUACAUACAACCCAGCAACAAAGAAUUUUUAUUUUCGGAUGAACCAAGCCGUGCAUGUUCUGAAGGUCAGCUUAGGCCUAUAAGUAGGCAUGCAACACACUAAGUUUUCUUCACCCAACUUCGAUCGUUUCCCUCCAACCGUCUCUUGGGCUGGUUUCAGUAGUAGUCUUUCAGAGCAACAUAAGAAUCAUGGCUAGUGACAAGCUUGCCGCAUUGGUUUUGCUGCUAGCGUUGCUUGGUUGCGUGGCCCACACAUGCCAAGCGAGCUAUGGAUAUCCCUAUCCGUCCUCUGCACCCGUAAAGAGCACUCCUCCUGCUGCCCCGGCACUCAGCUACGCUUACUACUACAAGACUUGCAAAGGAGCAGAAAAGAUCGUGAGAGACGUUGUGCAGGCGGAGAUCAAACGCAACCGCGGCAUCGGCGCCGGGCUUAUCCGUCUCUUCUUCCACGACUGCUUUGUCCAGGGUUGCGAUGCAUCGGUUCUCCUUGACAAGACCCAGGCCAAUGAACAGACGGAGAAGUUCGGCCUCCCUAACAUAGGCAGCCUUCGCGGGUUCGAAGUAAUCGACAAGAUCAAGACUAAGCUCGAGGCCAAGUGCAAGGGUGUCGUCUCUUGCGCGGACAUUGUCGCCUAUGCUGGACGUGACGCCACGUACUUCCUUAGUAAUAAGAAGGUAUACUUUGAAAUGCCGGCCGGCCGCUACGAUGGACGCAUCUCUUCUGCGAACGAGACCCUCUUCAACCUACCCCCUCCUUUCGCCGAUGUCACGUUGCUCGAGGCUAUGUUUGCAGCCAAGGGGCUUAGCCUUGAUGAGAUGGUCACCCUAUCUGGUGCGCACACUGUUGGAAUCUCCCACUGCUCGUCCUUCGGUGACCGUCUUCCGCGCAACGCCUCAGACCCAAAGGCCAUGAACUCUAGGUAUGCCAAAUCAGUGACAAUGAAGUGCAAGAGCGGUAGCUCUACGGUGGAUCAAGAUAUCUAUACCCCUAAUACCCUGGACAAUCGUUACUACAAGAACGUUCUCAACCAUGAAGUGUUGUUUACAUCAGACGCCGCACUUGAGUCGUCCAAGACAAAGUAUUUGGUGAAACAAAAUUUGAAGCCUUAUUUGUGGGAGGCAAAGUUCAAGAAAGCCAUGAGGAAGAUGGGCGGCAUCGGGGUGAAGACCAGCGCUAAUGGGGAGAUCAGAAAGAAUUGUCGCCUUAUCAACUAGCAACCCUCAUGCAACGAAAUCGAGACUAUGGUGAUGCAUGUCUGGUCAUCAUGGCUCCUGGCGCUUGG